AUGGCUGGUCAUUUACCAGCCUGCGUCAUCGACAACGGUACGGGAUACACAAAACUGGGUUAUGCUGGGAACUGUGAACCUCAGUUCAUUAUUCCGUCAGCUAUUGCUGUGAGAGACAAAGUAGCCAGUUCAAAUGCUGCUGCUCUUCGCUGGAAUACGUCAACUGGCGGGCGAAUAGAUGAUCUCGACUUCUUUAUUGGCGAUGAAGCUCUCUCUCCAGCCGCCGCAAACUAUUCCGCCAAGUAUCCGAUCCGUCAUGGUAUCGUUGAGGAUUGGGAUUUGAUGGAACGGUUCUGGGAGCAGUGCAUUUUUAAAUACUUGAGAGCAGAACCAGAAGACCACUUUUUCCUGCUGACAGAACCUCCUUUAAACACUCCUGAAAAUCGCGAGUACACCGCAGAAAUUAUGUUGAAUUCCUUCAAUGUCCCAGGUCUCUACAUUGCCGUUCAAGCGGUUCUUGCGUUGGCUGCCAGUUGGUCUUCUCGACCUGGAAAUGAGCGCCCGUUGACUGGACUGGUUGUUGACUCCGGCGACGGCGUAACCCAUUGCAUACCAGUUGCGGAAGGAUACGUUAUAGGAUCAUGUAUCAAGCAUAUCCCCAUCGCUGGUAGAGAUAUCACAUAUUUUAUCCAGCAAAUACUGAGAGAUAGAGAACCUACAAUUCCUUCGGAUCAAUCGUAUGAAGUGGCAAAGGCGAUCAAGGAAAGAUACUGCUACGUUUGCCCUGAUAUUCUCAAAGAAUUCAUAAAAUAUGAUACGGAUGGCUCAAAGUGGUUGAAAACCUAUCAUGGUAUUAAUAAUAUCACCAAGAAAGAGUUUGUCGUCGACGUAGGAUACGAACGUUUCCUUGGUCCAGAAAUUUUCUUCCAUCCUGAGUUCGCUAAUCCGGACUUUACUACGCCUAUUUCGGAUAUAAUCGAUAAUGUUAUACAACAGUGUCCCAUCGAUGUUCGUCGAGGCUUAUAUGAAAAUAUUGUUUUAUCAGGAGGUUCCACAAUGUUCAAGGUAGUUUUGAUGGAAAUGGUUUCGUAG